ACAACUUUGUAAAAGUGUUCUUACUUAUAGGUGCUUUUCUUUCCAAAGGAGAGUCUCCAAAGGUCUCCAAAGACUGAGAUUGAUCAAAUGAUACUUUUAGUUUUAAUAAAUAUUGGCAGAUUCACUUCCAAAAUGUCUGUGGCAGUUCACAUUCCCACCGGUAAAGCAGGAGAGCUGUGCAUUUUGGACAAGCUUCCAAGGAGAUUCUGCAAUGCAGUACAGGAUAGGAACCACUGGCUCCGAGUGAUCUCAGAAUGGCCUCCAGUUUCCUGAAAAGGCUGACAGGAGAGAAGCUGGAAGGCAAUGAGUGGGCUCCCCAGGGAAGUGAAGAAAUCCAGGGUUCUUAUCAGUCCUCUCACAUCCCUCAUGCUGUGGCAAACCUUUCUUCCUCUGGGGAACUUCCUCCAAGGCCACUAUAUAAACUAUCACUGUUGGAGGGAGCAUCGGAAGGUCUGACAUUGGGAACUCCUCAGGACCCAGGAACACUUCUUGGACAAAGUCAAGAUGAAACUCCCCCUACUUCUGGCUCUUCUAUUUGGGGCAGUUUCAGCCCUUCAUCUAAGGACUGAAACAUCCAACUUUGAGAGCACCUUGGGAGAUGACACCCUGCCUCAGGAUAGGGAUAUGCCAGAACGUGGGGCAAUGGAGGCUCCUACGGAGGGACUCAUGCUGCUGGAGGGAGAGGAGGAGGGGGACUCUGGAAGUGAAGAUGCCCCUGAGGAAGAGGGGCUUGUCAAGUCUGACUCAGCCCUAGAAGAGGUGCACAAAGACUUUCAGUGCCCUAAGGAAGAGGAUACAAUCACACUGGAGGGCAUCCCUGGAUGCAAAACCUGCCGCCUUACCCUGAAUAUCUGCAUGAGGUGCUACCGAGGCCAUCUUGUCUCCAUACACAGCUCCAGCUUAAACUAUUGCCUCCAGUGCUCAAUCAGGGGUAUCAACCAAGGCCAGGUCUGGAUUAGAGGCAUCUUGAGAGGCUGACGCUGGUGCAGGAGAUUUCGCUGGACUGAUGGGAGCCGCUGGAAUUUUAGCUACUGGGCCUCAGGGCAACCUAGAAAUGGGAGAGGGCACUGCGUGGCUCUAUGCACCAGAGGGGGUCACUGGCGAGGCAGUCCUUGCAGCAGGCGUCUGCCCUUCAUCUGCUCCUUCUAAGCCAUUGGCACAGAG